GAUUUCUCUCCGCCCUCUCCCCUUCGCUCUGAAGACUAGGUGAAAAGGGGAGGGAUGCUCUUGUGAGUUGCGCCUCCUUUCGUCGGGUCGUGUGAGUGAGUGGUGUGUGAUCUCCAAGUUUUCAGACGGGAAAGAGCCUGAGACUCAGAGCCCGAGUUCAGAGGACUGACUGACUGGUCGAGAGGAGGACAGGCAACAGGCAGAGUUACCAGCCGGCAGCAACAGCCACUUUGGGAAGCAGCAGCAGCAGCAGCAGCAGCAGCAACGGCAAGGUCCCACUGGUGCUUGAAAAUGGAAAUACAAUAAGAAAGAGGUCCCCAGCAAACUUCAGUCUAAGCCGCGCUCCAAGUCUCGCAGGCUUCUCCUCUUUUCUGUCAACAUGAAAGACGAUUUUGCAGAGGAGGAGGAGGUUCAGUCCUUCGGUUACAAGAGGUUUGGUAUUCAAGAAGGAACACAAUGUACCAAAUGUAAAAAUAACUGGGCACUGAAGUUUUCUAUCAUAUUAUUAUAUAUUCUGUGUGCCUUGCUAACAAUUACAGUAGCCAUUCUGGGAUACAAAGUUGUAGAGAAAAUGGACAACGUCACAGGUGGCAUGGAGACAUCACAUCUAAGAUACAACGAGAAACUCACAGAAGUGGAAAGUGGUCUGAAGAAAUUAGGGGACCAAACUGGGCAGAAAGCUGUGAGCACCAACACUGAACUUUCCUCCUUCAGAUCAGACAUAUUGGACCUUAGACAACAACUUCGCGAGAUUACAGAGAAAACCAGCAAGAAUAAGGAUGCACUAGAGAAGUUACAGGAGAGUGGUAAUAUACUGGAUGACAGGCAGAGUCAAAUGAAAGAAACAUUGGAGAAUAACUCUUUCCUGAUCACCACUGUCAACAAAACCCUCCAAGCUUACAAUGGCUAUGUCAACAAUCUGCAGCAAGACACAAGUGUUCUCCAGGGAAACUUGCAGAGCCAAAUGCAUUCCCAUAACGUGGUCAUCAUGAACCUAAACAACCUGAACCUAACACAAGUGCAACAAAGGAACCUAAUUAGCAGUCUGCAGAGAUCUGUGGAUGACACAAGUCAAGCUAUCCAGCGAAUUAAGAACGAUUUCCAAAAUCUGCAACAGGUUUUCCUUCAAGCAAGGAAGGACACCGAUUGGCUUAAGGAGAAAGUGCAGAACUUGCAAACGCUGGCUGCCAACAACUCUGCCUUAGCCAAAGCUAACAACGAUACUCUAGAGGACAUGAAUAGCCAACUUAACUCUUUCAAUGGUCAAUUGGACAAUAUCACUACUAUCUCACAAGCCAACGAACAGAACCUGAAAGACCUUCAAGACUACCACAAAGAGUCAGAGAAUAGAACCACCACCAAGUUUAAUCAGCUAGAGGAAAGAUUUCAACUCUUUGAAACAGAUAUUGUUAACAUUAUUAGCAAUAUCAGCUAUACAGCCCACCACUUGCGGACGCUGACCAGCAACCUGAAUGAUGUCAGGACAACUUGUACAGACACCUUAACCAAACACACAGAUGACCUAACCGCCUUGAACAAUACACUGGCCAACAUUCGUUUGGAUUCUACAACUCUCAGGAUGCAGCAGGAUGUCAUGAGAUCAAGGUUAGAUAUUGAAGUAGCCAACUUGUCCGUGAUCAUGGAGGAAAUGAAGCUGGUAGACUCCAAGCAUGGUCAACUCAUCAAGAAUUUCACAAUACUGCAAGGCCCUCCUGGUCCCCGAGGACCUAAAGGUGACAGAGGACCCCAAGGACCUGUUGGUCCGACUGGCAACAAAGGACAGAAAGGAGAAAAGGGGGAGCCAGGGCCACCAGGCCCAACAGGUGAAAGAGGCCCAGUUGGACCAAUUGGCCCUCCAGGGGACAAAGGCAGUAAAGGCUCCAAAGGAUCCCAAGGACCAAAAGGACAAAGAGGAUCCCCAGGGAAGACUGGCCCCCCAGGACCAAGUGGAGACCCAGGUCCUCCAGGCCCUGCUGGCAAAGAUGGUGCUCCUGGCCCACAGGGUCCCCCUGGCUUCCAAGGAUUACAGGGCACUGUGGGAGAACCCGGAGUUCCUGGUCCCCGAGGACUUCCCGGACUACCUGGUGUGCCAGGCAUGCCAGGUCCAAAGGGCCCACCCGGGCCACCAGGACCCUCAGGAGCAAUGGCACCACUUGCUCUACAGAAUGAACCAACACCAGCACCAGAGCCUAAUGGAUGCCCCCCUCACUGGAAGAACUACACAGACAAAUGCUAUUAUUUUUCAACAGAAAGAGAAAUUUUUCAUGAUGCAAAACUUUUCUGUGAAGACAAGUCUUCACAUCUCAUCUUCAUAAACACAAAAGAAGAACAGCAAUGGAUAAAAAAGCAGAUGGUGGGAAGAGAUAAUCUCUGGAUUGGCCUUACAGACUUUGAACAGGAAAAUGAGUGGAAGUGGCUCGAUGGAACAGCACCGCAAUACACAAAUUGGAAAACUGGACAGCCUGAUAACUGGGGUCAUGGCCAUGGACCAGGAGAAGACUGUGCAGGGUUAAUCUAUGCUGGGUUUUGGAAUGAUUUCCAAUGUGAAGACAUUAACAACUUCAUUUGUGAAAAAGACAGGGAGCCGGAACCAACUUCUGCAUUAUAAUAAGCUGUGAAAUGACAGACAUGGACACAAAUUCUGGACAUCUCCCAAAAGCAAAGAAUGUGCCUUUCUGACUAGAUCACUUGCUCACCCCAUGGAAGAAGAAAGCUCUGAAAACUAAGUUCAACAAAAGAUUCCUGCUGCAAUUUUUUCUUCCCUUCCACCAUUACUCAAGGACUUGGGACCUAGUUGAUGGUCAGUGCACAGCUGGAUGGAAUCCUGUAACCUUUCUCAGCCAAUAACCACCCAAAUGUGUGAGUUCUCACUUCAGAAGCACAGGGAUACUCCAUUCUGAAUGAGGGCUUGUUUUCCAGCUAUAGGAAAAGCUUAAACAUCUACUGUGUAAACAGCGUGGUACAUUUGCUAAAAUCCCAAAUGUAGGAAAAUUAUACAGAUAUACAUAUAUAUAUAUAUAUAGUCCAAACUCUUAGUAAUAUGGAAUAUACUUUUAAGAGCUUUUAAAACUUUGUAUUUUUGUACAAAAUAUUUGCUUUUUUUAUAUUUUUUUUUUCGGUUUUUAUGGUCAUUUUACCAAUAUAGUACAUGAAGCCAAAGAAAACAAUAAUGGUACUAAUAAUAACUCAUAGAGUUUCUUGUCAGAUGCAGCUCUUCCCCAUGGUAAAGGUUGUUAUUCAGUGUUUUUUUAAUUAUACACACAUGUUUAUGUAUGUGUACAUAUAUACGUAUGUAUGUAAACAUACAUAUAUGUGUAUGGGUGUAUCAUUUCCCCAGGGAAUUCACUAACUUGAAAUAUCUUCAUAGACUUUGGCAAUGAGAAGUUUAUGAUUCCGUACAAGUCCAGACAGCCAGUAAUGGUUAAAGUUGGUCUCUGUUGGUCACAGGGCCCAUCACCAGACAGUCAACUCUAUCACAUUUAAAAGAAGUGGCUGUCUAAAGGCCAUUUCUGAUUUCUUUUGGGAAGGUGUUUAUUGGAAAAUGUAGACGGUCUCCAUCUCUGGCUCUCUAAGGGGCUCCAUUUAAGUUUCUAAGGAAUUGCCCAGGGUCCCAGGAACCCCACAGCAGCAGGUGUUGCCUGCCAAGAGAUCCAAGCGUUAGUUCAGCCAGCAGCACUGUCUUUGGAAAGACAGAAAUAAACUAUGUGCUGCCUGAAAUGUUUGAGUUUUUUGAGUCAGGUUUCAGAAAAAUAGUUCCAAAGCACAUAGGUUCUGAAAUGCCAGAAUAAAUGAAAGGCCACUAAAUCACAAUCUUGAAAAUUAACUUUUUCCAACCCCUCUCCUCUGUGUAUGAGCCCUUCACUAAUCUCUCUCCUCAUUCAGAAAACUAAAGUAAAAUAUAUCUAAAACAGGCACUGGGCGCUGCCCAUGCUCAGGGGUGAGGUCUCCACCCACCAGAUGUCCUACCCUCCCUUCCCCAAGGAGCUGCCUAGGCAGUGCUGCUAUCUAUCUUAAAUAAAAAAAUUUUUAAAGAAUAAAGAAAUAGUUCAACUUUAUCAAUUGUGUGAUUUGUCUUCAAUUCAACCAUUUGUCAUAAUUUAUGCCACCUGCAAGUCCUUUUAGCUCAGUUUCGGAAAACUAUCUCUAUGACAACUUUGUGCCUGGAUUGUACUAGAGACAAAAUGAGUAGCUCAUGAUGCUCUGGGAGAGGACUGAAGGUUAAGACUCCCAGUCACCCUGCUCCAAAGCUCAAACCCAAAGGAGUCAGGUCUCCUAUGACUCAAAGGCCUUUGUGGGCAAACCUCAACCCCCUUCCUGUUUUUCAUCUGUCAAUUGUGAUUUGUCUCAAGAAGUAACUUGAAAAAAAGCCAAGGAAUUCCUAAUGUAUACAUCAGAAAGAAAGGCUAGUGGUGCUUGAACAGCUGAAAAUAUUCAUGUCACAGUCAGUAUAUUUCUUCCAGCAAAAAUGUUUCAAUUUUCAGAAGGCAAUUGGGAGACUUUUAAUGAUUUAUUCAAUAAAAUCAGAUGGUUUAAAACAUUAUGAGACAAUCAUAUAUGACUAUAUAUUUGACUAUGCGUAGACCAGAUGUCUCUCCACAAGCUCAGAAUUUAGGCCAUUUUCAAGGGAAUAAGUUUAGCAAAACUGUGACAUUAUCAAAUGAGAGAAUAUAUCUAUAGCUCUUUGCAAACUUUAAAGCACUAUGUAAAUGCUAACAAUUAUUAUUAUACAAAUAAGAUCUUCAGAUACCUGACUUGCUACCUGGCUUGUGAGGGAAUGAAAAAUGGUUUCCCCAGCAGUGGCCUAGAAAGAAUGAAAGUUCAAUUCACUAAAAAGGAGGGGGAAAAAAACAAUACCUUUCUCUCCUUCCUUCCUCUAUGACCAAUCAGGCAGGAACAGCUACAGCCUCAGGAAAAAGGUUUUUAAGGAAGUAGAAAAUUGUAUAAAUCAAGUAACCAUACUGAGCAUAUAGAUUUCUGCUCCAGACAGCAGAAUUGAUUUCCCCUUGAAAAAAAAAAAAAGCAUCUUUUUAAUUCAUUCUUGACUUCAAUGAGAACAUGCUCCAUUUUCAUUAAGAGAGAUAGGAUGGUAUUAUAUAAAAGCAUACUUGUUAUUUAGAAACAGAGUAACUGGAUUUGAAAACUGACUAUCACUAACUAGCUGGGAAUCACUAAAACAUCUUUACUGCUCAGCGUGUCAGUUUUGUAUGUAUAUAGGACAGCUCAAAGCUUGGGAGGUGUUUUGCUGGUUAUGUAUACAUAAUAAAAACAAAGAGUCUGCCCUUUUAGCUUUUUUACUUGCUCAGAUUUAUUUACAUGACAAGUUCCUAAGUAUUUGAGGGUCAUAGAAAUAAACUGUGGGGGCUCAAACCCGCAUAGUUCUUUGGGGUUCUUUUGGCAGAAGGCCCUACAAUGGUUUUGGAGAUAGAGAAUCUACAGUAGGGAAUUAACUCGGAGUUAUAAAGACUUUCCAGCUCUAAGUGAGAUAGUGUGAUUAAGAUGUGGAUCCUCAGGGGGGCAGCUAGG